UGGCGGCAGAUAGAGCAUGCCUGCAAAAGGGGAGGUGCAGGGAGGGAGACGGUAACAUGGGGGCUGUGUGCGUGGGCCGCGGGUGGCAGCUAGGUCCCCCCACUGGCCAGGCAGUUGGUAUGCUCCAGGAUCUGAGCAGUUCCUUCCAGCAUCCUUCAUCCUUCAGGUACCAGACGUCUGGGUAGUGGCUUGGGUGGCAGAAACUGGCAUCAGCCCUCGGCAGACCCCUGCCCUGAGCCUCCCCAGGGCCCUUCUCUCUUGCGGCUGCUUCUAGGGUUCCAUCAGAUACACUGGGCUGCAACUCCCUGCAAGGUGGGGUGCUCUUGCGUCUCGGGAAGAAGGUUUUGGUGCAUCCCACGGACCUGAUCCCCGCUGUUCUGCUGUGGUGGGGAGCCUCAGGAUGAAAGGAGAGACCCCGGUGAACAGCACCAUGAGCAUCGGGCAAGCCCGCAAGAUGGUGGAACAGCUGAAGAUCGAAGCCAGCCUGUGCCGGAUCAAGGUGUCCAAGGCGGCCGCAGACCUGAUGACUUACUGUGACGCUCACGCCUGCGAGGACCCCCUCAUCACCCCUGUGCCCACCUCGGAGAACCCCUUCCGGGAGAAGAAGUUCUUCUGUGCCCUCCUCUGAGCUGCCCCCGUCCCACCGCCCCGUCCCUCUUCCCGGGCCCUUUCUUAGGUCAGUAACUGCUGCCAGUCCGAGGGUCCCCGCCUGCCGCCCCCUGCCCACGCCCACCCCUGGGAGAUGGUCGCAAGCACAAGCCCCCCAACCCGGCCGCCCACCCGAACUCGGGGCGCCAUGGGCCCCACCCACAGAUGGGCCCUAAGGCUCUGCCAGCGUCCCGCCCACGUCUCUCGAUGACCUGCUCCCGCCCGGGGGAGAGGGCUGGGCUGGCCCGGGGCCACUGG